GGCACAAUAUUGUUUUGUUUACAUAAAUUAUAUAGAUCUGCACAGCCCUGUUUCGAAUUGAACAACGUGUACAGCACAUUGGAGCAUGACUUGAGGCUGGAGCAAACGACUGUUGUCUGUUACAAAGUUUGAGAACUGCUGCAAGGUGUGACGAAGAACCUGCUCCCACGACUUUAGGACGGAAGUAUGGUGCAGACUUCCAUGACAAUGAUGGGUUACAAUGUUGGCAGCAAAUUGGCCACAGCAACGGUAUACAUCAUGGGGGUGCUAAUUUCAAUGUGGAGUGUUACCAUGGCAACAGAUGGUGCUGGAUGUGGAGAUCCUGAAAGUUUCCUGAGAUACAGAAAGAUUGAGCCGUCUACCGUGCCUUACUCUGAGCCACUCGUCUCUACUACCAAAGCUACGUUUGGGAUGGGAUGUUUCUGGGGAGUAGAGGCAUCCUUUGGAGCGUUGCCGGGUGUGGUCCGGGUGAAGGCAGGUUACACCGGUGGAAAGCUGGAUAACCCCAAUUACAGAAUAUUGGGAGAUCACACUGAGGCUGUAGAAAUAGAGUUCAAUCCAACCAAGACAAGUUAUGGGGCACUUCUGAAAGUAUUCCACCAGGAUCACGAUCCGACAGAGCUGUACAAACCCCAGUACAUGUCAGCCAUUUUCUAUCACGACGACGUGCAGCGCCACCAUGCUGAGGCAUCAUUACAGGCUGAACAGAAGAGACGAGGAGAGGGGUCGCAGCUUGUGACAAAGAUUUUACCAGCAGGACAAUUUUACCCCGCAGAAGACUACCAUCAGAAGUACUUUCUCCGUCAGCAGCAUGCCCUCGUCGAGAGUCUCCAUCUCAAAGAUGCAGAUUUCUUGUCGUCGUCCCGCGCCUCCCGGUUGCUAGGAUACAUGAGUGGACCAGGCACAGUAGAGGGAUUUAAUGCCGAAGUUGAGAGUCUAGCACUCAGUACAUCUCAGGCUGACUUUAUGCGUGUGCUCAUCGAGAACAAAGAUGGCGGAACGUGCCAUUGACGAUAUCCUUCAUCAUAAUUUUGCAACAAAGGCACUGAGUGCAUAUAUUUUUAUGUAAUUUAACUUGAAUCGAUUGUAACAAUGAUUAUGUAUUGUUUAAUAGAAGGAA